AUGAGCCGGCUCGGCCUCUCCACCGCUCUUCUCGUCCUCCUGGGCACCCUGGUGGCCUGCACCCCAGUGGGUAAACACAAGCGCCAUAUUAGAGACCCACGGCCUGCCUUCUGCCUGGACCCUCCCUACAUUGGUCGCUGCCAGGCCAUAUUUAUGAGGUACUUCUACAAUGCCAGCUCCGGGCUCUGCGAGAUCUUCCAAUAUGGCGGCUGUGACGGCAGGCAAAACAACUUCCUGACAUUAGGGGACUGCAUGAAGACCUGUGGUUUUUCCAGUUGGCCCUCGACACUUAGCACGGUUCCUGUCACAAAGUAG